AGAAGAACACACUCUUCCGGUGCGGCAGGAAAAGAUGGCGGCGCUCUCACGAAUGUCAUGUUGUUGACCGUCUCCAGAUAGUUGUGUGUGUUUAAACGUUAUUACAUACACAUGACGCUUAUAUUCAAUAAUAUUACAGACGUAUCUACAUGAAGUUACCGCAUUUAUAAGAGUAUCUCUCAGUCAUGGUCCAUUUAUCUUCUUUCCUGCUCAAAAAAUAUCAUGGUGGGCAUGUGGUCAUCAGGCUGGCACUAGGAGGUGCCACUAACAGACCCUUCUACCGCAUUGUGGCUGCUUAUAAUAAACGGACACGAGACAGCAAAUAUAUUGAGCAGCUGGGCUCAUAUGACCCUCUCCCAAACACACAAAAUGAAAAACUUGUCGCAUUUAAUUACGAAAGAAUCAAGUACUGGAUUGCAUGUGGGGCUCAUACGACAAAACCAGUGGCCAAACUUCUAGGAUUGGCUGGAUUUUUCCCGCUGCAUCCAAUGACAGUAACAGAAGCGGAGCGGAGACAGAAAGCCGCUUUGACAGAAGAAGUUAAAACGGACAGUCAACAACAAGUGGAGCAGAAGGAGGCACUGUAAAUGCAAAAUAAAGUUCUGUGCAUCUCAUUAGUGAUAAUGUGACAUUGUACUUCUGUAUUACACGGAGAUAUGUUUUUGGUAAUAUUAUAAGAGUGUUUUUAUAAUAAGCUUCAGCACAAGUUGAAACUCCAGACAUUUCCUUAUUACCCAAUACAAUAGAGCACAGUUUGAAAGAUGAAUGAGAUGACACAGACACUGAAAGUGAAUUAAAGAAUCAUUAAUCUGUUGUAAACACACUUUAUCUGGAUCUUUGUGUCGCUAACAAAAGAAAUUAAAGAAUGUUCUUGCCUGAGGAACCUACACAGAGAGUUGAAACGAACAGUCUUCCUUGUUUAAUUUCAGGUCAGCUGAUCAGAACCUAUAAAUGUUACACAAUUGUGUAAAUCCUUUACAGCAAGCAAUGUACUGAUGUAUCUAACUCAUGUGCUGGUAUUAAAUAAAUGUAAUGUUUAUCAGAGGGCUCAAACUCUUUCAACUUGUGAAAUAUAUAGGUAAUAAAUAUGAGCUUUAUGAGCCAUGCAAAUGCUUUAUAGAUGUUCAGAAGUCAUCUGAAGUAGUGUGCUCAUUCUUAUGAUCGAUCAUUUUUUGAUUUCAAUAUUUUUUAUACAUAUGCUUUUAAAUUACGUGUGAAUUAGAACAUGCUGUUUGGACUAUGAAGUUUCAAUUCAAUACACUUUUUCUGUUUGAUACUUUAAAGCUGCUUUGACACAAUCUGUGUUGUUAAAAGUGCUAUAUAAAUAAAGGUGACUUGACUU